AAUGUCCUGGGACAGACCAGGAGGCCUUGUGUUAACCUGCGGGCGUACAGACUGCUAGAGGAAGUCGGGGCGUUGUUGGCUGAAGUGUUGACUGCUGAGUAACCGGAUAAUGAGUAUGCAGCGUGAGGAGAAGGCGCUGGACGCCGCACUGGAUGCCUUCUCACAGCGUCUGACCGACCUGAAGCAGUCAAUCGGCCAGACCCUGCAGAAGCUGGAGACAGGGCACGAGCACAUGAGCUGGCCCUCCCUCCUGGACAGCUUUGCGCUCCUCUCCGGCCAGCUGAACAACCUACUACGCGUGCUGAAGCACGAGAAGACGCCACUUCUGCGCAACCGCGUGACGCUGCCGCUGCUGCUGUCGCCGGAGCGUGAUGAGGAGCUGGUGCGGCUGACCGAGGGCCGCGUGCCGGCCUUCGCGCACGACCUGGUGCCACACUACCUGCGUACCAAGCACGACCCACACGUGGAGCUGCGCUUGCAGCAGGUCGAGACCAAGGCCUCCACGGUCAGCGCCGACGCCUCGCAGAAACAGGUGACGGCAAUGAACAAGGUGGUGAACAAUCUGCUGGACUCGAUCACGCAGGCGCGCGACGACUGGGAGAGCGAAUCGGCGCGCGCCCAGCUGGGCCAGACGUCGUCUGUGGCCGACACCCAGGCACUGAUCGCCGCCGUCGGCACCGGGAAGGGCCUGAAGAGCGGCCCGCCCAGCAGGUCCGCCCCGGCCUCCAUGUCAGCCCCGGCGCCCGUGCAGAUGCCCAAUGUGAACAAGGCGCCCAGCUCUAUCAAGACCAACAUCAAGGCCAACAUUCAAGUGCACCCGUACAAGUAGCCCCGUCAGAAGGCGAUCCCCUACUGAAUGAGGACUCUCCUUCCUGUGGGCUUCUGCGAGAGAGGGCUGAGAGGCGGCCUAUGGGCCAGUCCCCAAUUUUCGCAAUAAGACGGUGACUCGGCACAAGUCAUUUAGAUUUGCUAAAAUAAUUUCAGAAUUGCAUCUUCAGUAAGAGGCUUCAAAUACCAGUUUGACCCUAUAUGGCCCCGUGACCGUUGUCGUUCAGUGGCCGACCUUUUUAUCAUUCGAAAUUUUGAACACGUGUAGUUUCGGAGGGGAGUGCCGUUCGACCGUUGACUGCACAAGUUUUGUCCCGUCCUGUAUGGUGCCGAUCGCUGCUGUGUUGAAUCCGUGUGCCUCGGUAUCGUCUUGCUGUAUAUCGUAACAGCCUUUGGCUGCGUAUUGUGCCCUUGAUGGAGGAAGACUCAUGCAUCUCUUGGAAACUCGGCCGAGUCAUCACUGAUGCACAAUGUUUGCAAGCGAUUUUCACGUGUUUCUAGUGGGAUUCCAGCUACGAGCAACAUGAUCAGCUCUUCACAUACAUACGUGAUGGUACUUAGCCAAUGUUUAUUUUGCCAACGUGAUUUAGGUACCAGGGCUAGCGACAAUAAUUGUGCGGCUAGAACAUGAUCAUGUCAUCUUUUCCGUUAUGAUCAGCUUGCGUUGUUGGUUAGGCCUGUCCUCAACCGACGAGACAAUAUGGCACGCGGAAGGAUAAUCUGACCGUAAAUUAGGCCUGUCUCGCUUUGCCGUCAGCGGAUUCAUGUGCUUAGGGCACCGUUCGAUCUGCCGUCAGCACGAUUGUCAGCUGGAAUGCGUGCCGUCAUACGUGCUGAAUGUGCGUUCGAUGUGUGGGCUGACGUUUUUUUCUCGAUUUGUGGGCUGACGGGUUGUGAAGUUUUUUAAACUUUACUUGUCCUUCUUCCUUUACCUUUCACUUCAGACCACACACUAACUCUGGCUUACCGCCGACACACGAGCAAAGUGGUGUUGGGAAGUGUGGCUUCUCCGGUAUUACCAUUAUCCAUUCCAUCCUUUUGUUGAGUGCUUCUUCCCAUUUCCAAUUCCUUUCAAUUUCUUCCCUCCCAUUUUCAGUGUUUACUUCUAACGCUAUUAAUUUUCUGGGGAAUGCAACCAAACGCCACACCAAUCAUUGCCACUCACCUUUUCAUUGCUGCUCUCGGGAUUUUAAUUACCUCAUCUAUGUCGUGUCGCAUUUCCCCCCGAAUUGGACAUUGCCACCACUCCACCCAACGUACUCGCCAAAUAAAACGCCCGCUUCA